GUGUGUGGGGUGGGGACAGCCCGGGAGGCCCCCUCUUCCUGGGAGUCUCCAGGGGGAGGAGAGAUGGUUCCAUCCCCCACCCCCAGCAUUCACUGCGUGAGUUCCAGCUCUGUUUCCACUUCUGUUUACUGUCCAAAGUCCCAGGGACAGGAGAUGCCAGGACUGGGCUGCCCGUGGAGCCAGGAGCCAGCUCCACACCUUCAGCAGGUUCUACAUUCAAUCCCACCACCAGCCUCCACGUGAAUUUGCAUCUUAGCACAAGCCCAGCCCUCAGCUCAGCCCCAGCCCUCAGAGCAACCUCAGCCCAGCCCCAGGUCCAGCUCCAGCCUGGGCUUGCUAUGGCCAAGGACUCUCAAGACAUCCAGCAGCUGGACUUGGAGGAAAAUGACCACCAGCUCAGUAGAGGGCCACCUCCACCCCAGCCCUUUGCACAGCGUCUUUGCUCCACGCUCCGCCUUGGUCUGCUUGGCCUGGGCUUCAACGUCCUGCUGCUGGUGGCCAUCUGUGUGAUUGGGUCCCAAAGCACACAGAUGCAAGUGGAGCUGCGGGCCCUGAAGGAAACGUUCAGCAACUUCUCCUCAAGCACCCUGACGGAGGUCCGGGCUCUGGGCGCCCACGGAGGCAGCGUAGUGGGCAAGAUAACGUCUCUGGGAGCCAAGCUGGAGAAACAGCAGCAGGACCUGAAAGCAGACCACGCCACCUUGCUCCUUCAUCUGAAGCACUUCCCAGCCGAUCUUCGCAUCCUGACCUGCCAGUUGGAGGUCCUCUACAGCAACGGCUCUGGAAGGACCUGCUGCCCCGUCAACUGGGUGGAGCACGAGGGCAGCUGCUACUGGUUCUCUCGCUCCGGGAAGUCCUGGCUAGAGGCGGAGAAGUACUGCCAGCUGGAGAACUCACACCUGGUGGUCAUCAACUCCUGGGAGGAGCAGAAGUUCAUUGCACAACAUACAAGCCCCUUUAACGCCUGGAUAGGUCUCACCGACAGUGAUGGUGCCUGGAAAUGGGUGGAUGGUACCGAAUAUAGGUACAACUACAAGAACUGGGCCGUCACCCAGCCAGACAACUGGGAGGGACAUGAGCUGGAUGGAGGUGAAGACUGUGCUGAAAUGCAGCCGAAUGGCCGCUGGAACGACAAUUUCUGCCUGCAGGUGUUCCGCUGGGUGUGUGAGAAGAAGCAGAAUAGCACCCUGCAGGAGCCCUGAGCCGGGCUGCCCCUGCCCAACCCACACCCACCCCUGCCCGCCCCGCUUCUCUGUUGGGGGUUUUGAAGAAAGGGAGAAAAAUAGAGUCAGAGACAUGGGGAAGGGCUGAGGAAAGAUACUAAUAGAAAGGGUGGUUUAAGAGUCUCAAACCCUGGGGAGGCUGAGAUCCCUCCUCUUCCACAAUUCAUUGUAACUAUUCUAACUUUCAGCCUCCUCAAUGGAAUAGGAGAAGGAGAAACAAAUGCUUGAAA